UACAGGUUAAAUAAAAGACUGAUUUCCAGUGAAAAACACAGGCUUUGAUAAGGUCUCCAUACGUGUAUAGCGUAGAACCUACACCCUGUGGUUGGUUGCCGGCUAAAUUAGAUUGGAUUUCAACGGGGUGUCUGUUUAAUGUACCGCAGACUUUGUUACGUCUACCUGUUUUUCUAGAGGCACAUCAAUUGAAGUAUGACGUGAAUGAAAAUCAUCAGUUGACGCGAAUGAAAACAUGAUUUGAGACCGCAUGCUUUCCUUUUUCUUUUCAUAGGUUACCACUGGCAACAGUUAUCAGUGACGUGUUUUUCUCGGGGUAUAUUCGUGGACACCUGAACAGGUUGGGGUACUCCUGUGAGACGGUGGCUGAGAGGCGUUUGGAACUGACAGCGUCGAUUUGCCAAUUCUGCAUCCUUCUGACGCGGUAAACAAAAACAGCGACAAGCAACUGAGCUCCAUCUUUAACACUGGUUUUGCAGGCGGAAGCAUCGGAUAAAGAUUUUCGUCCAAGCAAUGGAAGAAGAGGGGAACAUGACCAACGACACAUUCGUGGAACUAGGAGUAUCGUUCUUCAAACACGACCUGGGCGUGUCACUGGUGUUUAUCGGCGCGUAUGCCGUGCUGUGCCUGCUGUGCGUGGUCGGGAACGGCACGGUGUGCUGCCUGGUGGCGCAGAACAAGAAACUCCACACCGUCACCAACUUCUUCAUCCUCAACCUGGCCGUGGCGGACCUCAUGAUAGCCGUCUUCUGUAUGCCCAUCACCCUGGUCAACAACAUCGUCACAGAGUGGGUGUUUGGUGACGUCGUGUGUAAGCUGACUCCCUUCAUGCAGGGUCUGUCCGUGGGCGCCUCCGUCUUCACUCUGGUUGCCAUAGCAACCGAUCGGUGA